AUGGAUGCAAUUCGUAAGCUUUUCGAGGAGCAAGCGGCGAAGAACCGGGAAAAUAUGGCUCGGAGCUACGGCAUCCCUGCGUCGCGCUUCUGCGGCUGUUGUACCGAGUGUGGUGCAGAGCCGCUCCUAUCGCCCUUCUAUGAGCGACGUUUGCGACUGGAUUCUGAGCGUACUGCGUGGCGCCAGUGGCAACGCGAGCUGGUCCGAAAGCAGUCAGAAGGCCAAGACGGGGUUCGAUCGACCAGACUAGACUCUGAAACCUCGCAGACGCUGCCGAAGGAGCGCGCACCUGGUACCCAUGGCUCACACUCAUCGCUUGAAACACACGCACGAAGAACAGCCGCUGAUCAGAGUCCGGCUUGUGCAGGUGAUGAUUGUCGUUGUCUCGAAAGCGCCCUGGAGUCGAAGCUGGAACCCCAGGUUGGCUCUUCGGAACAGUGCGGUUCACAGGGAACGUGUGCUCCAGCAAAUGCCGUGCUGGCAACGCCAGCGAGGUCGCCCGAAGUCACGACAUCGGAUGAAGACGCAUCCAGAGAAUCGGCGGAGCGGGAAACUUUUGAGUCUUUCGCAUCUCGAGCAGGCAGCCUGAGCGCAUCGUGGAAUUCGGCAGAAGCGAGCCGCUCAGUCGCGAGUCCGACACUCUCUGAAUACGCUUCGAUGACAAGUCCUCGAUAUGAACAUGAGACCAGCGGAGACGAUGAUUUCCUUGACGAACAUGCAUUGCACGGGGAUGCUCCAGAGCAUGUCGUCGGCGAUGGCGGUACAUCAACGUCUCACGAGGAGGAGCAUGCGUUCACGGGUACGGGAAUGCUGGCCCAUAUGUCUGACACAGAACCUGUGAAGCAAUGUAUGGAUGCUUCGGAGCUCAAAAAGCGCUCGAAGACUGCUGAACAUCGCGUAUGUGAAUAUGAGCACGCGAGCAACGUUGCAGGAUCGCUAGCGAUGCUUCACGCAGACGAAGACGUUGUGCCAUCCGCAGCACAAGCCGAUACGGAUUUUUCAGCGAAUGCAACAACGAUUUCUGUGCCUGAAACCCUGAGGACGCCAGCUCUAGCAACGGAGACGCAAUCUUAUGGAAAUGCUGAUCCCAUGCGGCCUUCACCGGCGAGCCUGGUGGGAUCACGGCAGAACAGCUCAGCAGCGCUGCACGAGAAUGCAGCAGCAGAGCGUCGGAUCGCAACAUCGCAAGGUGAAGUCGCGAAGAGGCCCACGGUGUCGAUGUCAGAACCAUUGGGUCAUGCACUAGCAAACGAGGAAGCAGUGAGGAUGGCCCUAGAAACCACCGGAAUCGCGGAUGCGGAACCCGUAUCAGGCCCGCUGCUGGAAAGCGCAGGCUCAGGUCUCGACGAGAAUACGAAUGGACAACGCUCUAUGAAUGAGCAUGUUGCGCUCAACGCCACAACGUCUCCGCAGACGCUUGCGACGCUAUUCAUAGCGACGGACAGCGCAGAGAAGCGUAACAGGCAUCAGCAGCGUCCAUCAGUCGAAAGUGACACGCUUUCCGCGAACCAGGACAGGGUUCUUGACGAAUCAACGAGCAACACUGCUCAUCACGGAGAGGCGCGAGCUUCGGCUUUGACCGCGAGCACGGCGCUCGCCGUCUCGGAGUCUCGCCAUGUGCGAGCUUCAACCGUCUGUACAGCCGCAACUCGAUGGGAGAGAGCGAUUGCUGCCCUGGAACAGCUGGAACAGCACGGUCGACAGGAGCUGGAACAUCUCCAGACGCAGAUUCGUCUAUGGAGAAUGCGAAUACGGGCACAUGUGAGUGAUCGGCGGUUUCGACUAUGGAAUGAACUCGACUGGCUUCGUUCGAGUUGCGUCUACCUGGGCUGGCAGCAGUCGUUUUGCGAUGCUGUAGACAAGAACGCGGGAACGACAGAAGCCUUGGAUGUUCCGAGCUGCACCGCGAAUGCGGAUGCCAUGUGUACGACCUGCAAUGUCUAUGAAACACGCUUCCGACAGCUUCAGCGAGAUCUGGCGCUCCUUCGAGUCCAUCUACAUAUCCACGAGGCUACGUUGCAGCGUUUGCGCACCGGCACCUACUUAUCCAGUCCCUAUGUGGCCAUGCUGGAGGAGCGUAACGCUCUGCGACUGACCCAGCGGCAUUUGCAGAGCAGUCUACCAGCGUCGCAUGCAUCGUCUCGCGCCGGAGACUCGUAA